AGAAGCCUUUCACUGGAUGUGUGUGAGCUGAGUGACCACCUCCAGCCCUCGCCUCUCCCUCUCUGUGGGCUCCUGUCCAUCUGCUUCCUGGAAAGGAGGACCUCCUUGUAAGAUCCCCCUACACCUCCCUCCUCGCUGAUCAUUGCUGGGGUCAGCCUCAGCAGCCCUGCAGGUCCCACCAGACUUCUGGCUUCCAACAACACACACAUGUCUUCUGCAGGGGAUAAGCUGUGCAACUGAGGCUGCAAACAUCCUCGGGGCAAGGAAGGAAGAAACGAAGGAUUCAUUCGCUUUGUUCACUCCAAUCUACCCUCUUCCUUUCUAAACUUUCAAAAGUUACUGUUAAAUUGAUAUAGAAGGGAUCGCUGCUGUGUGCACUUCACAGAGGGAGGGCCGGGGUGCCUGCAUAUUAAUUGCAUUCUGUACUCAAGUCAAAAAGAAAAAUCAGUGGACUUUUUUUUUUAUAUAUAAUUUUUAUUACAUAUAGUUUUGAGUAUUUUUUAUAUUUUAAUUGAUCAUGGCGGGUUGCUGCCUGUCUGCAGAGGAGAAGGAAUCACAGAGGAUAAGUGCAGAGAUCGAGAGACAACUCCGUAGGGAUAAGAGAGAUGCUCGAAGGGAAUUGAAACUCUUGCUCUUGGGCACUGGUGAAAGUGGAAAGAGCACUUUUAUUAAACAGAUGAGGAUUAUUCAUGGAUCCGGCUACACAGACGAAGACAGAAGAGGAUUCACAAAGCUUGUUUACCAAAAUAUAUUUACUGCCAUGCAGUCUAUGAUCAGGGCUAUGGACACACUACGGAUACAGUACUCCUCUAAAUAUAACAUGGAAAAUGCUUUGCUGGUCAGAGAGGUGGAGGUGGACAAGGUAUCGAGCCUGGAAAGGAAACAAGUAGAAGCAAUAAAAAAACUAUGGGAAGAUCCCGGGAUCCAAGAGUGCUACGAUCGGAGGAGAGAAUACCAGCUGUCAGACUCUGCUAAAUACUACCUUAAUGACAUUGACCGCAUUGCAGUUCCUUCCUAUGUACCUACUCAACAAGAUGUGCUAAGAGUCAGAGUUCCUACCACUGGAAUUAUUGAAUAUCCCUUUGAUUUAGAAAACAUUAUUUUUAGGAUGGUGGACGUUGGAGGGCAGAGAUCUGAAAGACGGAAGUGGAUCCACUGUUUUGAAAAUGUUACCUCUAUUAUAUUUUUAGUUGCACUGAGUGAAUAUGAUCAGGUUCUGGCAGAAUGUGACAAUGAGAACCGGAUGGAAGAGAGUAAAGCCUUAUUUAGAACCAUCAUUACUUACCCCUGGUUUCUUCAUUCUUCGGUUAUUCUGUUUUUGAACAAAAAGGAUCUUCUGGAGGAAAAAAUACAAUUCUCUCACUUAAUUGACUAUUUCCCAGAAUACGCUGGACCUAAACGGGAUCCCAAAGCUGCUCGCGAAUUCAUUCUUAAGCUUUACCAAGAUCAGAAUCCUGAUAAAGAAAAAGUCAUCUAUUCCCACUUCACGUGCGCCACUGAUACAGAGAACAUCCGCUUUGUUUUUGCUGCUGUUAAGGACACUAUCCUACAGCUAAACCUGAGGGAAUUCAACUUGGUGUAGGACUGGAUAAGGAUCUUGUGAACCUAUCAGUCAUUCUGAACUGAUAACACACCUGUCUCCGGAAUCAUUACUGAUAAUGAUUUUGUUUUCCUGAGUACAGUAAUAAGUCGAUGUAGAGUUUCUUUUGCACCAACAGCUGUGUUACGACUUCUUCAAAGUGUGUCUGGUAAAAGUUGUAAUCAGGAAAAGUGAAGUUAAUUUUCCCAAAGUUUACUGGGUUUUUAUAUAGCGGUAUGCAGUUACAUGCUGUUUUUUGUAAUUCUUUUUAAGGAGUUUGUUUUAUCCGAUGUUUGUGACAAAAGGCAAUUUAAAAAAUAUUUCAUAGACCUUUGUAUAAAAUCUGUGCAAUUACUAUAGAUUUUUUUUAUUUUUAUUAUAGCCCUGUGUUGUAGUAUAGAUCUAAACCCGAGUUGCCUUAGCUAUUUUACAGUGAAGAUUGACAUUGCCAUUUUAAUAGAAAAAUAGUUUUAUGAUUUUUAUAGAUUGGGAUGUCUGAUAUGCAAAAAUGUAUAUUUCCAGGGUUUUUUUUUGUUUUGUUUAACGGUAAUGCCCCAAACAAAAGGAGUUUUAUUAUUACACCGGUGUUUUAAGAAAAGAGAAAAAAAAAAUAGCAUUUCCCCCCUAUAUUUAAUAGACCCAUAAAGUAAAUGAUAUAAAUAUAGUCUUUAUUUUGAAGUAAUUUAAUCAAGGACUCAAUCACAUUGUAAUACCAAAGACGAGGAAUAAAAUGACAUUGUAAUGAUAUAUGUAAAUAUGUAUUUCUUUAUAAAUGUGUUUAUGUACAUACAUUCUAUAUACAUAUACACAUCUGACAUUUUCUGUUUUUCUGUAGGGCUGUUUGAUAAAAUAUAAAUAAAAUUGUAACUUUUAAAUGAUGAAAUACACUAUGUGAUGUUACAAUGCUGCAUAACAUUUUUAUUCUUUUUAAACUAUUUUCUUUGCUUAUGUUAAGGAAUUCUGAGCCACAUCUAUUGUUUUCAUCUUCAUAAUACAAAUGUUCUGGAUAGAAUAAUUUCAGAAUGUAUUUUAGAAAAAUAAACACUACAAAAAUGAUUUUGGGCUAGAACAAAAUAUAAUUUUUUAAUGUAGAUUUUUCUCAAUAUAAAAUUCAGGAUAUUCCCUUACAGCCUCUUGUCAUUUGCUUUUUGAUUGUUGUUUGUUUUUAGAUUAUCAGUUCCAAUUCCACUAACCCAAACUGUUUCAUCACCUUCAUUAUUAUUAUUAUUUGUUUAAAUUUUCAAAUAAACAAAAAAAGUUUGUUUAAUUUGGAUAAAAGACAGUUUAUGAAUUAACUUUAUAUUUUUAUUUAAUAUUUUUCUAAAUGAAGAAUCUGCAUUUGAAGAAUUGUAAUGGUCUAGGAUAUUUGCUCAUAUUCUCAUUGAUAGAAAAUACUAAGCAAAACUUUGGUUCAUGUUAACGUGAAUUUGAUUUUUUUUUUUUUAAAUAAAGAUAUUUGUUUGCAUUGUAAUAA